AUGGUGUUUGCCUGGCUCUGUGGCACUGCACUCGGCAUCAUGAUCAUGGGCUCCGAACAAGAAAAUAUCCCUGCAUCGCCUGGCUUCCCCGGAGGAAUGCUGCACGAGUGGUUUCCCGGAGAGUUGCUGCUCGACAAUAAACGCUACAAUCGCAUUGAUGUGCUCGAUCUUGCUGAUCAGCUGUGA